AUGAACUUUUGGGCAGACAAUGCCAAUGCAGUUUCGUGUGCCUAUUCUGGAACUGGUGCCCUCAAAACAGAUUUCACAAGAACUGGUAACCGGACCAAGAAAGGAGCUUUCAAUGAUCUCUUGAACUCGAUUACGCGAUACUAUAAGAACAAUUGCAGCGAUGGAACCCGCCAGGAUUCCUACGAUUUGAUUUUGGGUAAGUACAAGCCUUACCAAGAUUCGGUAAAUUCUCCCUUCAUCGAUCGUCGCCCUGCCUACGUACAAUUGUUGCCGUACUUUCUCGGUACCUCAAUUUUGGUUAUGCUCGCUGUAUUCUGGUUCCCUCGCGGCUCCAUCGCAGACUGGAAGAAUUUGUUGGUUAUUGGUGGUUGCAUGUACAUCAAUGCCCGGGUGUUGCUUUACUACAAUAGAAACGGGUACCAAUUUGUCAAUUGGCCCAAACUUGUUGCUCUUGAUUUCUUGAAAAAAGUGGAAGUUUUCGACGGAGACGGUAAGCUCACUGGUAUCAGAUAUGAGGAACAUUCAGACUUCAGACCCGUAGGUAAAAAACGGUCUUAA